AUGGAUCAUCCUGCUCGGAUCAGACAAUCUGCAACCCAUCAUUCAACCCAUAUCAACCAUCAAGUUGGAUCUAAUCGACCCCAUCAGAACGCUAGCCGAAUAGACAUCUCCGAAAAUAAAAACAAGCCCCGACUUACCGAACGCCAGAAAAAGAAUCAAAAGAUCCAACAGCGAAUGCAUCAUCUAAGCUUCCCAUCAACCAAGAAAGACGAUAUCAAACCUUAUAUCUUGGCUCUCAAUCAAUAUCCAGAAACCACGAUCCGCUUGAACUCAUCAUCUUUUACCAGUAAGAAAGUCGUUGGAACGGACAAUAUGGGAAAAAAUAUUCUGUUCAUGGCUCAGUUUCACGAACUGGAUGAAGAAGAUCCUGUUGUUAAUGGUUUGUCGGAAAUCAUACGAGAUCUACAUAUGAUGGGAAAGAAUCGGUACCCCAUCAGACCAAAAAACUUGAUCAGCGGAACUAUGAAAGGCAUCGGCUUUCGAGGAGGAAUGGAAGGGGAUCAUAGCGCAGCUGUUGUUCUGGUAGGCACAUAUGCAAGAGUCUCCAAGAUUAAGGAGGAAGCCCGACAACGUGACGAAGCACUUUGGGAUAAACUUCCGGCACAUAACCUAUUUUUGUGUGAUCGACUCCGACAUUUCUCCCAGCAAGCCUUUGAGAAUAAUGUUUCGCUCUUGGAACGAUUUGGCUUACCUAGUUGGUCAGACAGUGAAUGGACCGAGUUUGCCAAUGAUGACACCAGGGCUUUUACCAAUGCCAUUGUCACUAAUAACAACUUUGUGAAUGAGCCGCAUAAAGACGAUGAUGAAAAUGAAUUCAGUUAUGGCAUAUUCAGCUAUAUUAACCCCGAGAAUGGACAACCCAUCUGUCCCAUAACCUCGGCAAGUGGGCAUGCUAUCCGCUUUCCUGAAUUCAAUUGCGAAAUCGACUUUGGAACUUCACCUGGAAUAAUUGAAGUGAUUUGGGCAACCAACCGAGUCGUUCAUCAUACAACUUCUCCCUCAAGCCCCUUAAGGACCACCAAACAAAUGAUGCACUUCGGAUCUUCUUUCCAGACUGGCAAAACUCUUAUCGAGCGUGCUGUAAUUUUGGACGAAUUACCACCUGACCAGAAAGCCAAAAGAAUAUUUGGACGAAGUGAACGAAAUGAAGUGGAAGAUCUACGUGCUUCAAAAAGGACAAAAUGA